AUUUUGCUGACAAUGGAAAUCAACAAAGAUCAGCUGAAUGAUGACAGAUCUCCUGAGAAACCCGCCCAAGAAUCACAGGAAGAGUCUCAUCAAGAAACUGAGAGUCCAGACUUCCAGCCUCAGGCUGAGGAAGAAAGCAAAAAAUUGCAUCCUGAGACUGAAGAGGUCUCUCCAGACCACAAGCCGAAGGAAGUUUAUAAUAAACCCUAUAUGAACAAUUCUCUUAGCACUAUUGAAGGUGAUAAUAGUAUGCUUUAUACAGAGAACUCAGCUGCUGGGAAGAAGGAGAUUGAGGAGCCACAGGCCAAGCUUAUGCAGGCUGACAGCUCUAAACUCAAAAUGUCAUCGAAACGGAAAAAGUAUGGAAAAUAACAAGUUCUCUUCUGAAGUUGUGGAGGAGAAGAUCCAGCGUCAAAUGAUCCCACCUGUUGUUAUUGACGAGGAAGAUACUCAAAGUUCCCAUUCGACUUCUCAUAUAAAAUCGAGAAGAGAUAGAUAUGCGAAAAAGAACUUUUCAUCAACUCCUGUACAGAAUUUUCGAAAGUUUGGCAAAGGGAGCAACGCUCAGGAAGGGAAUCCCCCAGGAAUGGGCAUGAACUUCCCUCCAGGAUUUGUCCCAGCACCCCCUGGAUUUAUUGGUAUGGGUAAGCCCCCGGAUUUUCAUAACAAAGGAAUAAACUAUCAGAUGCCACAGGGAUUUGUGAAUUUAGAUGCUCAGAAUAUGAUGCCGUCGAUAUCUCAGCAAUUAAAUAAUCUAAAUUUAUCAAAUCAGAACUUACUUCUCCAGAGCCAAUUAGCCUCAGGAGGUAUGCUGAACCUUGGAGGGAUUUCUCAAAGUCUGAAUCAAGAAGGAUUAACUCAAGAUCAGAUUAAACUGCUAUUAGCUUUGCAGGGGCAAUCGAAUAUCCAAGCAGCACCACCUCCACAGCCAAAGAUGAGGUAUGGUUCGACAGAAUUCUCUGGGAUUGGGGUUCCCCAAAUGCAUGAGAAGUUACUUCCAACGCAAGCACAACCAGCGUAUCAAGCUCCAGCUUCCACAGCCGGGAUGAGUAUGUCUGACUUAACCAAAACCUUCAUAAGCUCCAUGAAAGAUCUCUCUGGUAAGGGAAAAACCACUGGAAUCCUGAAGUUCUUCAAUGAAGGUAAAGGUUUCGGAUUCUUCGUCUCUGAUGCUGACGGAAAGGAUGUGUUCUUUCACUACGAAGAUGUCAAAGAUCUCAAGAUUACGAAGGAUUUUCUUAGAGAAGCUAAGAACAAAUUUAUUGUAAAAUUUGCUUUCACUGUCCAAGUGUACUAUGGUAAAUACAACUAUAGUACCAAAGCUGUUGACAUUGAGCUAUUAGGGAUCGUCGAUCUCAAGUUCUUGUCCAGCUCUGACUCCUCACUCGCCUCAUAAAUUGAUUAGGCCUAAAUCUCCACUGAGUUUUGUGGAGGAGGGCAGCCCCUGCUGCCCUGCUGACUUUGCUUUUACUUUAAGCUCC